GCAGAUUCGGUUUAGGCGGCGACCCUCUUACAUUCUAAGAACGAUGAAGGUAUCCACCGCCGCUGCUGCCGUUGUCCUGGUGGUCAUGGCUGCGUCCGCCACAGUGAUGGCAGAGCAGUUGCCAUCACUAGAUACCGAUCAGGAGGUGACGUCAGGACCUGUGUCCUUUCCCGCCACGGAAAAGGCUGCCACGACGACCACGUCGGCACCGCAGACCACCAAUGUGCCUACCACCCCCCCUGAUCCUGCCACGCCAAACACCACGUCGGCCUCGGUGACGUCAAAGCCUACAACAAGCGCCACUUCCACUACAACCUCUCGUGUCCCGACCACCAAGCCAAGCGGGCUGACGCCGUCGGCGACGCCCAACACGACUCGCUCGUUCUCCUCGACCGCUCCUCCCACCGCGUUGAUGACAAGCAUCAUCUCGUCGCCUGCUCCUUCCUCCACCAACAAUGCACCGACCUCCGUCCAGUGCUCCUUUGUCUUCACGUCCGCCCUCGUGACCACCGAGUUCAACGAGGUGCUGGACGAAAUCCUCGCUAACAACGCUGUCAACACCUCGAACUCGUCGAAUGCUACCGACAUCAUCAUCGGACCACCCACAACAACCAGCCGCCGAACCACGUCCAUUGCGCCGUCCCCGCUUCCCACCAGCACUGCACCACCAACGACCUUCUCUACAGUACUGACCACCUCAACACCUCCCGAUGACGAACCAACCACCCCAGCGCCCACCGCCGUUACCACAGACAACCCCCCCGCGUGGACACCGCUCCCCACGUCGACACCGCUCCCCACGUCGGCACCGCUCCCCGCGUCGACACCGCUCCCCACCACGACGUUGAGAUCUGCGACCACGACCAAAGCACCGCCGCCAUCGACCUCCCCGUCGUCACCGGAUUCGUCUCGCCGCCGGCGGCUCGGUACUGGCACGGACACGGUUGCGUUUGCAUGCGAUGCCGCGUUCUACGGCAAAUGGAUCACCAGCAACUUGACCUGUGGUGGACACGAUCUGGACGUGGACGCCGCCGUCCUCCACGCCGCCUGCGCCACCUACCGCGGCGACGUGGCGCUGCCUGCCGUGACCGUCGCGUCCUGCUUGACCACUUGCGCGUUCCCGUCGUGUAUCAACAACGAGUGGGCGUACUCAACGGCGUUGCCUGGGUUUGGAAGCGCCAUCUACGCCCACUUUAACUUUUCCCAGUGGUUUAAUCCGGCCACGACCAACCAGCUCAAUACCCGCACGCAGAAUAUCGUCGACUUCCACAACUUUUCCAUGACGGUCGUCGACACGUGCGCGUCCGCCGGCGGGUGCUCGUGCCCGGCGUACGUCCCCCCCACCGACAAGUCGACCAACCCAAAGCAAGACCUGGACAACCGGAUCCAGGAUGCCAAGAAGCAGCAGGCCCGCGCGGCGGACUUCACGCCCCAACAGGGCUGGGCCCCCCGCACCCCCCUCGAGUCUGUCGCGUCGUUCACGGCUACCGUCACCCAGUACGCCACGUACUUUGGCGUGGCCACGUCGGCGUCCGCAGUCGCCGUCACGUCCUUGACGACGUCGUCGGCCGUGAUAUCGUCCGGUGGGGCGGCGGCCGCCGCUGGAUCGGCAGCGUCGCUCAGCGUCGCCGUGAGUUUGCUCGACAUGGCGAGCUUCGUCACGAGUGUUAGCCAACUCAACAUCGAGCGGCUGCCGCCCCCCAUGGGCAUUGUGGCGGCGUCCGUGUCGGCGUUUCAGUUUACGUUCUUCACGUGGGAAGCAGCGAGGUCCCCGCCACAAACCGCGUCGUCGACCAAGGCCCGGUCGCUGGCAGUCGUGGCCGACAACUCGAUGUCGGGCAUGGAGCGCUACGCCGCCACCGUGGGCAUCCGUCCGGAUCAGCUGUUCUACGUGACGCUCAUGGGCAUCUGCGUGGCCGCGGGGGCCAUUGGGGUGCUUCUGGCGGCUGUGUUGUUGGUCGGGCUCGCCUUCUCCCGCAACUUUCCAACAUAUCGCGAACAAAUGGUUGAUCGAGGCGUCGGCGCGUGCAUGUUUCUCGGGAUUGUGGCGCAGUAUGCAAUCGGCGUCACGGGCACAUAUGAGAUCACGCGCGCCGUCGACUCGGGGCAUGCGUGGGGUGUCAGUGUAUUUGUGGCCAUUGCGGCGCUGCUGGUGUUGUCCGUGGGCACGAUCGUGUAUGGGUACCUUGUCGUGCGGCAACACGAACACGACAUCACAGACAUUGGCACGAAAGAUCACUUUGACAAGCCCGUGCACCGGCGAUAUGGGUGUCUCUACGACGAGUACAACUUUGCCAACCGGUUCUUCUUUAUCGUCAAGAUGCUCCUGGCGCUGCUUGUGGGCAUCACCACCGGCAUGUCCAACCUCCCGGGCGUCGCGCAGGUGCUCGUGCUCGUGGGACUACACGUUGUGUUCGUGCUGUACCUCGAAGUCCGCCAGCCCCAUCUGGCCAAGUUCGUCCAGGCCGCGACCACCCUCAUCACAGUCAUGAAGAUCGCCGCCCUCGCGCUCACGGCAUUUUUGCUGUCGGCCGUCGUGGAGCUGCCGCCCACCGCCCGCACGGUCGUGGGGUACGUCAUCUUGUCGCUGCAGGGGCUCGUGGUGCUGUUCCUUGUGAUCCGCCAAGGCUUCAUCUUGUACCGGCAGUGGAAGCUCAAGCGAGUGCCCGACGCCGACCACGAGCGCGUGUCCGUCACCGACUUUUACGCCCCGUCCACGGGCGUCGCGGCCAAGCAGACAAGUGCCAACCUGCUCGACGGCGCCGGAAGUACCCGCCGUCUCCCGCCACUCAACCACCCCGGCAAGGAGUAUACGUUCUAA